AUGGACGAAGAAACUCUUAGUCGUGAGGCAUCGAAAUGGAUAGACGGGAUAGACGGUAGACUUGGAAAAGAUCCGGAACCUUUAGUUGAUGAAGUUUCGAAGCCCAGUAUUCUCCAAAGAGUUCCAGCUUAUAUGGGAGCAAGGGUAGAGUUGAAAGAAUUCUACGUGCCUAAGUUCAUUUCAUUUGGUCCAAUCCAUAUGCUUAAACCUUACGUGCAGCAAGGACUGCCAUACAAGAUUAGAUGGACAGAAAUAUAUCUUCAGCAAACUAAUCAAACCUUCGAUAAUUUAUUUCAUAGAAUUUCUGACAACCGACAAUGUAUCGAGAUACUUACAGGAGAGUACUUGAAUUUACUUUCGAAAAAAAUGUUGGUAGUGGAUGGGUGUUCGGUACUCCAAUUGUUGGACCGUUCCAUAUAUCCAGGAGAUAAACUCGAGCUUAGCAUUGAGCAGCUUGUGCGUGUGCAUCAGGAAAUGCUCCUCUUGGAGAACCAAAUUCCCUACAUAGUGCUCAAGCUGAUAUGCGGAGACGAUAAAGACAGGCUAAAGAGAUGCAUGAAAAAUUUCCUUGAAAUUCAUCGUAUUGUUGAGGCACCAAGGCCAAGCAUGAUGGAGGCAGAUAGGGAAGGGUCGCGAGAGCACAGUACUGUAAUAGUUGAAGAAGAAGAGGAGGAGGAGGAGGACCCGAUUCAUCUUUUAGACUAUUUGAGGAGGGCACUCUUGCUAAGGGACCAAUUUUAUGUCUCUACAGGAACCUUAACCAAACGGAAUACAACCCUGCACCUCAGAAAAUAUAGGAUUGGGACCAUACGGGAUCUGAAGGCAGCGGGGAUUCGAAUUCUUAACAGGAAAGGUACCUAUUUCGGUCCCUUCUAUGUUAAUCGACAGCUAAGACUUCCUAAACUCAUUGUGGAUGGCUCAACAGCUCUCACUUUCUACAACCUUAUUGCAUAUGAGAUGUGUCCUGACUUUCGUAACGACUACGAGAUCACAUCACAUAUAGUCUUCCUUAGCUCUCUCAUUGACCACCCAGAGGACGUGAAGGAGCUCAGGCUUGCUGGCAUCCUUCGCAACAACCUCGCUAAUGACGAAGAGGUUGCUGAUCUCUUUAAUCACAUGGACUUUAUAUUGGUGCCUGAAACCAUCGACCUUUUUCGUAUCAGAGGCCUGAUUGGAAACCAUUUAGCGUCCAGGCGUGGCAGGAUCAGAGUAUUGGGCUGGAUAGCAGAGGCUUACUAUAACUAUUUCAGAUCACCCUGGACCAUCAUUGGCUUGUUGGCUGCCACGAUCGCUCUUGUUCUCACCUUCAUCCAGACUUGGUAUGCCGUCCACCCUAAAGGAGGUUAA